AUGCCUUCCGCCACCGGCCGCGACUGGGAGAAAUACCAGAAGAAAUUCGCCGAUGACGAGAUCGAGGAGAAGAAGAUUACACCCUUGACAGACGAGGACAUCCAAGUGCUCAAGACCUACGGCGCCGCCCCUUAUGGAGCCGCUAUCAAGAAGCUAGAACAACAGAUCAAGGAGAAACAGCAGAGCGUGGACGAGAAGAUCGGCGUCAAGGAGUCGGACACGGGACUUGCGCCCCCUCACCUGUGGGAUGUGGCCGCCGACCGGCAACGAAUGUCAGAAGAGCAACCGCUCCAGGUUGCGCGGUGUACGAAGAUUAUUGCCGAUGAGAAGGACGACUCCAAGAGCAAAUAUGUCAUUAAUGUCAAACAAAUUGCCAAGUUUGUCGUCCAACUCGGAGAGCGGGUUUCGCCGACGGAUAUCGAGGAGGGCAUGCGGGUCGGCGUCGACCGCAACAAGUACCAGAUUCUGCUGCCUCUGCCUCCCAAGAUCGACGCGAGCGUCACCAUGAUGACGGUGGAGGAGAAGCCGGACGUCACGUACGGCGACGUUGGUGGUUGCAAGGAGCAGGUCGAGAAGCUGCGCGAGGUCGUCGAGAUGCCCCUCUUGUCGCCAGAGCGCUUCGUGAACCUGGGCAUCGACCCUCCCAAGGGCGCCCUGCUCUACGGGCCUCCCGGUACCGGCAAGACGCUCUGCGCCCGUGCCGUCGCCAACAGGACAGACGCCACGUUCAUCCGAGUCAUCGGCAGUGAGCUGGUACAGAAGUACGUCGGCGAGGGCGCUAGGAUGGUGCGCGAGCUGUUCGAGAUGGCCCGGACGAAGAAGGCCUGCAUCAUCUUCUUUGACGAGAUCGACGCUAUCGGCGGCGCUCGUUUCGACGACGGUGCGGGCGGAGACAACGAAGUGCAGAGGACCAUGCUGGAGCUCAUCACCCAGCUCGACGGCUUCGACGCCCGCGGCAACAUCAAGGUCAUGUUCGCCACCAACAGGCCGUCCACACUCGACCCCGCCCUCAUGAGGCCCGGCCGUAUCGACCGCAAGAUCGAGUUCUCGCUGCCGGACCUCGAGGGCCGCGCCAACAUCCUGCGCAUCCACGCCAAGAGCAUGUCGGUGGAGCGCGACAUCCGGUGGGAGCUGAUCUCGCGCCUCUGCCCCAACGCCACGGGCGCCGAGCUGAGGAGCGUGUGCACGGAGGCGGGCAUGUUCGCCAUCCGCGCGAGGAGGAAGGUCGCGUCCGAGAAGGACUUCCUGAGCGCCGUCGACAAGGUCAUCAAGGCCAACCUCAAGUUCAACUCGACCGCCUCGUACAUGCAGUACAACUAG